GCAGGGGAGACGCGGCAGCCAUCUUGUGCGUGCAGCGAUAGCCAGUCAGCCAAGCUACGCGGGCUGAACGGCCCCCGCGCCUUGGCGAGCCUGCUGAAUUCCUCCCCCUCCCCGCCUCCCGCUUGGCUCCCGGGGCUGUGACGGAGAAGCGGAGGCCGCCUCCGCCUCCGGCGCCUUUUGUUUUUAUUUUUCCUUUCCCCUCACCGCCCCCCUCCCGCGGGGGGGUUUACGUUGCUGCGCUGGGGGAGGAUGAACGGAGGAUAAAUGGUGCCCAAGGCAGACAGCGGCACCUUCCUUCUCCUCUUCCUCCUGGUACUUAGCAUCACCGAGCCGUUGCGGCCAGGUGCAAGACUAGCUCUGGCAAGACUUCUUUCAGAACUGCGCUGCAUCCCAGGGCAAUUCGCUUGUCGCAGUGGCUCCAUCCAGUGCAUCCCUUUGAACUGGCAGUGUGAUGGAUGGCCCACCUGUGAGGAUGAGAGUGAUGAAGUUGACUGCCCAAAUUUCACUGGGGACCAGCGCACUUACCAUGGGAAGGAUAAUGCGGAUUCCAGGCACAAUCGCGGAAGAGGAGGGGACACGACCCGCUUCCACACUGUCAAUGUGGCACAGCCAGUGCGGUUCAGCAGUUUCCUAGGGAAGUGCCCGUCAGAAUGGCAUCACUAUGAGGGCACGGCUAGCUGCUACAGAGUGUACUUAAGUGGCGAGAACUACUGGGACGCCGUCCAGACCUGUCAGAGGGUGAAUGGAUCUCUGGCCACUUUUACAACUGACCAGGAGCUCAAGUUUAUCUUGCAGCAGGAGUGGGACUCGCAAGAUAAAGCUUUUGGGAGGAAAGACCAGAGUAGGUUCUGGGUUGGAUACCAGUAUGUCAUCACGAACCGAAAUCAUUCUCUAGAAGGUCACUGGGAGGUUGCUUACAAAGGUUCAUCAGAAGUAUUUUUGCCCCCCAACCCUACCUUCAGUACGUCUGUGUCGGAAAACGAAAACAUCCUUUGCGCCCAGUUCCAAUGUUCCCACUUCCCGACCCUGCGGCACCGCGGUUUUCACAGCUGGUAUGCUGAAAACUGCUAUGAGAAGUCCUCAUUCCUCUGCAAAAGAAGUCAAACCUGUGUAGAUAUAAAAGACAACAUUGUCGAUGAAGGCUACUAUUUCACCCCAAAAGGAGAUGACCCCUGCCUGAGUUGCACGUGCCACAAUGGUGAGCCAGAGAUGUGCGUGGCGGCCCUAUGUGAGCGGCCUCAGGGCUGCCAGCAGUAUCGGAAAGACCCCAAGGAGUGCUGCAAGUUUACUUGUUUAGAUCCUGAUGGCAACAGCUUGUUCGACUCCAUGGCGAGUGGCAUGCGCCUCAUUGUGAGCUGCAUCUCCUCCUUCCUCAUCUUGUCCCUGCUCCUCUUCAUGGUCCAUCGGCUACGGCAGCGGCGCAGGGAGCGCAUUGAGUCUCUGAUUGGAGCAAACCUGCACCACUUCAACUUGGGUCGCAGGAUGCCCGGUUUCGAUUACGGCCCCGAUGGCUUUGGGACUGGACUCACGCCGCUCCACCUUUCCGAUGAUGGGGAAGGUGGGGCGUUUCAUUUCCACGACCCUCCUCCUCCCUACACGGCGUACAAAUACCCAGAUAUUCAGCAUCCCGAUGACCCACCUCCGCCGUACGAAGCUUCCAUUAACCCAGACAGCAUUCUUUGUUCUCCCCCAGGUGGAAUCCAUUCCCAGACAGGCCAGAGCAACCAGCUGUCCCUCGGAAACAGUGACGCAUCUCCGCCGCUGACAGAGGAAUCUCUUCCUCCUUCGGUCGGUCCUUCUCCAGCAGAGCUGGAAGACUCUGUUGACAGCAGCACCCUCCUCGUACCUCCCGACACGCCCUUAAGUGAAAGCCCGCCGGCAGAGACACUUUCAGGCAGCCUCCACAGUCACUGUUCUCUGAAUACCAUUGUAUAAAGGAAAAUUGGGGGGCGGGAGGGGAUUGAAGAAAAAAAAAAAUCUUACUGCCGGUCAGAAAUAAAUUUUUGAGCAACUGUUUGCACACCAGAUGUACAGACGGACACUAAUGGACCGAACUUCAGAAAUAAGCUCUGCUCCUUGUUUCUCUUUCUUUCUUUUUCUCUUAUUUAGGACACUACUUUUAUGUUCUAGGAAAUCGUGCGUCUUGGCUGUUGCUGUCAUUUUCUAGCCUGGUUGGCUUGCCCUCUUUAAAUUUUAUUUUUCUUUUCUUUAAAAAAAAGGAUUAUGGAAGCUGCACCUUUCUCACUAAUGAUGGAAAGAAUGCAGAGGAUGUUCUUUUUUAUUUUUCUUGAACGACGACAUCCCAACUCUUUUGUUCGCAAGGAGGAAGAAAAAGCACGGAUAGCUUUUUGUCACUUGGCCUCUUUCCACCUCCCUCGUGAAUCACGGGAAAGGAAACCACGAGCUGUACAUUGGAUGGAGACGUUUCUUGAAUUUUGUGGGGACGGGGCUACAGGAGCUUGGAAACUCAGAAGCGUUUACAGAGAGCCUGCCUGCUGGAGAAUCUCUUUUGUCGCCCUGAAACGUUCCCCGGCCGCAACUCAAACCUUUCCUCCUUGAGCACGGAAGAUUGGAUUUUGGUGCUGCUUGUUGGGUGUCCCUUUGAACAGAAGGCAGAACCGCAAACCCAUCACCCUCCUGGCAGAUAGAAACAUGAGCCAAAGAAAAGAGAGGCAGGUAGACGUGGACAUGCAGCUUUUGAUUGUCAGGUUCCUUUCAGCACUGCCUUGGAGGAGGGACUGUGAGGUUUAAAAAUGGGUUUGAUGGCUGUUUCCUUGACAGUGAGAUCCAAAUGUGGGGGGAGGGGCAAGGGGGGACGGUUUGCAAAAAACCUGCUUCCUUCUCUGUGAAACUGCAAGUCUUGUACUGCGGCUCUUUUAAACUCUGUGACCUGCAAACACAGUGGCUCCUAACAGGCAUUGUGCAUUUUUAAGGUUCUGGGUUUGGGGAAUGAAAUGGUGCCGGAAACUCCAUAAAACUUCGAUGAAUUGGUCCAUUGUCAUCAGGUUCUGCGCCCCCCCCCUCCACUCUUUAAUUCUGGGUUUUCAUUAGAAUUACUUGGAUCGAUGUUAAUUUUACACCACUGGGGGGGUUGAUCGUUGAAGCCUUAAAGUAUCAUUUAAAAACGAUAGCAGGUUUUUUGGGGUGAGGGUGGGGUUUAGCACAGCAAUGAAUAUUGCAUCCAGCCACUGUUGUCGUAAGUGGGAAUGGGAUUGAAAGAGUCGCUAGGCAGGUGGCCACCUUCCCCCUUGGUCCCUGGCGCUUGACAAAAGCCGCCGUGAGUGAACACUGCUGGAAUUAAUAACGAACCUGAGUCGGAAGAUGCGUUUUGUACAGUUUAGGUCAUGACGCUCGGGGUGUUACUCCCAAACAGGAGCGUUCCCCUGAGAAGUUUUGUUUCCAGUUUGAAAGGCAAGGUGUGUUUCGUUCCAGAGAGCUUGUAAAUACCGAGGAAGUUUCCGAAUUGAGCCGAGAGGACCCCUCUCGUCGCUAGCUAGUUUCCUUUUGGAGAGGCUGGCCAGGCGAGGAGGUGGUAAUCUCCCAUCUUUCAUUGAUGUGUUCCUCUUACCUUAUGAAAGGCAGGAAGCCUAGAGGGACAGGAAAGGAACAUGGUGUGUGUGUGUGUGUGUGUGUGUUACUUUCCCACUUGCUUGCUGACCAGGCUAGUUCAGGCCCCAACUUGUCAGGGGGUUAGGCCCCAACUUGCCUUUCCAUUUUGCCUGCAUUGCAUUGGGCGUAAUUCCUUUCCAUAUGCAAUAUUUUGCAGGGGGUGUUCUAUUUUUCUACACCAGGAUUUGUGAUAGUAACCACCACGUGGGCUGUGUUUAAAGGAAGAGGAUAGGCUUCAUUAUGCAGAAGGUCCCAAUCCCCGACAUCUCCGGGUAGGGCUGGGGAAAACAAGCCCUCUCUGAAUCCCUGGAGAGCUGCUUGCUGGUCGGGAGCUGAUGGUACCCACUCGGCAAGCCAUUCGCCCAAGUCCGUAUAGGGCAGCUGCGAAGAGCCCUUGAAAACAAUCAGCACAAGCCGAUGGAAGACAAUUUGCAGCGCGGCAAUCACGGUCCUGUCCGAGCAUGUUAGAUAAUCAUUGAUAAGAGGAUCUCCUUUCCUCGAGGAGCAUUGCAGACACAGUCCUUCUGGCGGCAUAGUAUAGGCUCAUACAGUUACCCUCCUUCAGAACACAGCAGUGGUCCGUGGAGUUGUCCCCAGGGGGGUGAAACUGCAAGGAAACCCGUCUUGUGAUAGGAUUUUGUGUAACAAGCAUUGAUAGGUUGGCAGAACGGGUCUCCCCUCUCCUCCCUACGCUGGCCGCUCUGUGUGGUGGCCGAGCCAGACCUGAUGGCCACUGCAAGGGACGGCUUCAAAUGUGAUGUCCUCCGAAUGGUUGCAGAUGUUGCCUCGCAGCCGAGGAAAAUCUGGUUCCUGGAUUUUCUCCACCCACCCUCCCAGGAUGUAGUGCAGGACAAGAGGGAGUCUUCCUUUAUUGAUAGGACUUGCAGCUCCUUCUGCCUCUCAGCUGCGAGUCCAGGUGUAGCUGGACUGCUGUGGCCACAGGUACAUGUUCUGAGUUGGAUGGUGCUGAGCGUUUCUGAAGUAUGAGAAAUAAAAGCGGGUUUUGUGCGUUUUUAGCACACUCAUAAGUUUUAUACAUUGUAUGUGUACUGGCUUCUUGAGUUUUGUACGUGUGUGAGAGUGAGUGUUCAGGGUGCUGAGUAUACCUGCAUGUCCUGCAGCUUGCGAUCAUAAGCAAAGCAGAGCAGCAUGUGAUAGGAACCGGUUCUCUUCCUCCUAAGAGUGAAGUAAGAUGCCCAGUCCCUGUAGUCCUUCACUAGCAGAGCUCAGCUGGGUUAACCCAAGCAUUUGAACUGAUCGUCACAUGCAGCCAGUCCUCAGGCUGUUAUUGCUAAGAACUGCCCAUGCUUUGCAGCGGGUCGGUGGAAGGUAAUACACAAAGCUAUUUAGAGUGUCCCUUUGGAGGCUUCUGCCCCUUUCCCAAGUGCCGGACUUUAUUUGUUUUAUCAGCCUGUGGAGAUCUUUUAAUUUUCUUCCUGCUUUGCUUCUCGGGGCAUUGCCAGAAAGACUAGCAGAAGACUGAGAGGGUGAUAUGAGAGCCACCUUCAGAUAUCUGAAGGGCUGGCACAUGGAAGAUGGAGCGAGCUUGUUUUUCUGCUGCUCCGGAGAGGAGGACUCGAACUGAUGGAUUCAAAUGGCAGGAAAGGAGAUUCCGGCAGAACGUUAGGAGGACCUUUUUAAGGAUGAGAUCCGACAGUGGAGCAGACUGCCUUGGGAGGUGGUGGACUCCCCUCCUUUGGAGGUUUUGAAACAGAGGUUGGAUGGCUGUCUGUCAGGGAUUCUUUAGCUGUCAUUCCUGCAUUGCAGGGGGUUGGGCUAGAUGACUCUUGGGGGUCCCUUCCAACUGCAGUUCUAUAAGGCCUAAUGCAGGUGCCAUAGUAAGCUGCAGAACCAAUCUGCAAUGCUCAUCAGUAGUUCUUGUGUUGGGGUUACAUCUCUCCCCCCCCCCCCCCCCGGUACUACAGGCUUCUGCAUCUUGCCAAUAGCCCAAUUGUUUUUUCUUUUCUUUUCUCUGUCUAUUUUUAAUACUGUUUUGCCCCAUUUUUUAAAAAGCCGAUGUCAGCAGCAAAGGUUCUGCAUAUCUUUCCACAAAUGUUUGAUUGAGGCUAUUGAUCUUUAACUCGGAUAUCAGAGCAUAAAUGUCUUUAGCGGUUAAUCUUGUAGCCACAGGUUCCAUGUUGACCAAUUGCUUGGGAGUGGUGCAGGAUGAAGAGCAGAAACACACCCACCAACAGCAAACCUUUUAAAAGCCAAACUCUUUAAUUUGAUACAAAUAGGCCCCUGCUAUGAAUUUCUGUUUAUUAAAACAAAGCCUUUUUUGUUUUUUUGUUUGGCUCUUGAAAUGACACACCCCUCUGCUUACGAGCUGCCCUUCGCAAACCCUCUUUUCCUUUCUCUUGGUGGGUGAGGGGCGUGCGGUUUGUGCACGAAGGUAUUUUUGUGGGUGUGUUCUUCCCCCCCAAUUCAACGUACACAAAACAAUAGUCUUACUUUGGUCUGGAGGGAAGAAACUUCUCAUCGGUUCUGGGGACCCAGAUGUCGUUCUUCAAACAUUGCAUGUUUGGACAUAGGCUUGGUUGACUUCCAGUUCAUGUCUCCUCCCACCCCCAGGCGUGGGUCUUGUGUUUGAAAGGGGCGGUUGUGUUGGGUUUCUGUACAUGCCGCUCCCAAUACAGCGAGCCGGGAAGGCAGCCUCCCCGGAAACCUUUGCUGCACAGCAUCGAUUUCAACAGGGAGGCAUGCGGUUGUGGAGAUGGGGAAGAGAGGCAGGAAAGAGUGCUUAAUAGACUGUGUGUCCUUGGCCAAAUUAAACCCCAGCUUACGUGAAGAAAUGAAGGCAAACCAGCAGCAGCAGCUGUGUUCAGAGAUGAAUUCUGUUCCCCAGUUUUAAGGGGAUUUCUCAUCGUAGGCAUGAAGAGCCAGUUUGCACUGGUUAAAUUUCAGCCCCUCUCAUCUUCUUAUUAUGGGGAAACACCAAGGGGGAGAUCUCUAACUCUGAGUAGACCCAAGCUUUGCUCAACCCCUGACACCCCCAGGUUGCAUUAUGGAAGACUCGGGAGAGCUGCUGCCAGCCAGUGUAGACCGCAGGUGGGAAUCCUGUGGUCUCUUGAGAUUUUGCUACGCUUCCCCUUGCCCAUUGGCCAUGCUGCCCAGGAUGAACAGAAGUUGGGCUCCAUGAACAUCUGGAGGUCCUCAGGUCCUCCCCCCCUCUCCACCUCCCCCAGUGUAGACCAUUUGUGAGCCAGACGGACCAAUGAUUUGACGCAGCACAAGGCAGCUUUCUGUGUUCGAUUCUCUUAUUGUCACGCUUCUUUUUCUGAUGGCUGGAUGCUAGGCUUGCUGUUUGCUUGGGACAUGCGUACAAGGCGACAAAUGAGGCACUGCUUAUUAGCUGCUCAGAAAAUCACUUUAGCCAAGGUUGUGUGUCUGCAGGACUAUCCCCCACCCCAUGUUGUUGAUUUGUGAUUGGAUGUAACUGUGGCUGUGUGGUUGUGUGUGCGCGCGUGUGCGCGUUAAAAAAAAGAUUUUGAUAUUCCAUGAAAAUACUAUGUAGAAAAGAAAUUUGAUACUGUAAUAGUUCGGUCCCUGUGACAUUUUUUUUUAAGUUUCAAUGUUUUGAUUUAUUAUUAUUAUUUUAUUUUUUAGGAGAAAAAGAGGGUGGGAUGGGAUGACACUAAUCUUUUAUUUUUCUCAAGAUGCUGUGAGAGACAUUUCAUCCAAAUGCCAAAUAAAUCGUGUUCUGUAAAGAGG